UAAUGCUGUGCUCCAAGCCGGCUGCACUCAGACUGCUUCCUCUUUAAAGGAUCGCAGAAGGGGAUCAGAGGGCGGGGCACACCGCGCCUGAGAAAACUCGAGCCGGAAAACAGCGAGAGAGGAAGGAAGCGGAUCGCGACUGCAGAGUUCUAAUCAACCUUCUUCCUAGGGAACAGCUGGAACAUUUCAUCUCACUAAACGACGCACAAGCCCCAGGCCACUUCCUGCCGAAUGUCUUCAUUCCGCCAAAGGAGCGGCCGGUGCCCGGUGUGACUGGAGCUGUGUCCAGCGCAGCAAGUUCUGUCCGCGGUUCAUUGGCUCUGCGGGGCCGCGGGUAGCAGCCUGCUUCCUGUUUUAAAGGAGUUGUCUCCAAAGGUGCCCGUUUUCGCUUUCUCUUCUGAGACAUGGCGUUCGUGAUUUUUGUCCUUCAGCUGGUCCUCUACAUCCUGUUAUUUCCCAUGUACCUGCUGAAUUUUCUGGGCUUAUGGAACUGGAUUUGCAAACAAUGGUUUCCUAUCUUUUUGUCGAGGUUCACUGUGAAGUACAACCAGCAAAUGGCAAGCAAGAAGCGGGAGCUCUUCAGCAACUUGCAGGAGUUUGCAGGUCCCUCAGGGAAGCUCUCUCUGCUGGAGCUGGGCUGUGGCACUGGGGCCAACUUCAAGUUCUACCCGCCUGACUGCAGGGUGACCUGUAUUGACCCCAACCCCAACUUUGAGAAGUACUUGAUCAAGAGCAUCGCUGAGAAUCGACACCUGCAGUUUGAGCGCUUCGUGGUGAGUGCCGGUGAGAACAUGCGCCAGGUGGCCGACGGCUCCAUGGAUGUGGUGGUCUGCACCCUGGUGCUGUGCUCCGUGAAGAGCCCGGAGCAGAUCCUCCGCGAGGUGCGCAGAGUGCUGAGGCCGGGGGGUGCUUUCUACUUCAUGGAGCAUGUGGCCGCAGAGCAUUCAACGUGGAAUUACUUCUGGCAACAGGUCUUGGAUCCUGCCUGGCACCUUGUGUUUGACGGCUGCAGCCUGACCAGGGAGAGCUGGAAGACCCUGGAGCGGGCCGGCUUCUCGAAGCUGCGGCUGCAGCACGUGCAGGCCCCGCUGUCCUGGGUGCUGGUGCGUCCUCACAUCUACGGAUUCGCUGUGAAAUAGCGCAGGGGCCAGUGCAGAGCUCCUGCAGCCACGUGGCCACAGCAGGGUCAGGGAAAGGGAAGCUCUUGUUUUUAAGUAAAUUUUAAUUCAUCUUUAAAGAUUUCUGUUAUAGCUAGUUAGCAUUUUGCUUUCGUCUUCCAAAGAAUCAAAACCAAACCAAACCGAAAUAAAUUAGCAAAUAACACAAAACCUUGGAAAUCUCCCUUCAAAGGAAAAAAAUGGACCUUCAUAAUUGAAGUCCACCAUUAUCUCCAGACCUUACUUCAUUCAGUGACUUGGAAAUUUUUCCAGGAAUCUUAUUUAAGUUGUUACCCAUCAGCUUUUAAUUUCACCAUCUCUUUCAGACCUUGGUACUAUGAAGGAGUUAAGUUACUUCACAAUAAGACUUUGAAAAGGAAGCAGGGAAGAAAACCUUAAUAAUUCAUAAACUAAACAAAGAAAUACAAGCUGAUUGAAAAUCCAGGUUGAAAUAGCACCAAUUUCCUGAAAAAAAAUCUGAGUCUAUUUGUUAUUCUUAGUGUCACUGGUUUGGUUUUUAGAAUUAAUACGCUAACUUGCCACAUGUAUGUGUGCCCAGUGUCCUGUCUUUCAUUCCAGCGUCCUACCAGUUGUUUUCCUGCAUUCCAGCUCUUAGUACUUAAGGUAAAGACAAUAUUGACACACACUACUUAUAACCAUAGAACUAUUCAAGGUAGUUCAGCUUCUCGAGUUCAUUUUUCUUAUUAUCCAGCAACAUGCUUUACUGAAUUAUAAUAGGUGACAGGCAAGAAAAGAGGACAUUGUAAUUAGGAAAAGCUUGCAAAAUUAGGUAUACUAUGUAAGAACCCCUUUAAAAAAAAUCAAUCCAUGAAUCUAUAAAGAAGGAGGCAAGUAUAUUGUGGAUAGUUAUUCAUAUCAAAUUCUACUCUCAUCCCAAGGUGAUUUCUUUGUUCUUUGCAAUUGUGGAAGUCAUAAAAAUCCUCACAAGUGAUUUUGCUAAGAAGUGACAGGUUCUUCAGUCAGAGGAUUUAAUAGGAUCUUCAAUAGUUUGCAUGUAGUUUAACAAAUAUAGUAUAUUUUCUGAGAUUGUUUUGUAAAAGUAUGAUUUUAAAUGUCAAGUCACUAGUACAUUCACAUUCAUUUGAGGAAUGGAAAUAAAAUAGUUUAUAUCUUUU